ACGAUCCUCCUUGAAACGUUCUCACAAUUCCAUCAGAGGCUCUUUCUUCAUCACCUUCGCUCCAACCCAGUUCGUUUCUCCUUCCGUGGGAUUAACAUCUCUUUAACACUAUUAAAAUCAACAUGGCCAGCAGCUUCUCGAGAAUCCUUUCCUCCAAACGAAACAUCGGCAUCUUGUCGCUGAUGGGAGGCUCCGUAGCGGCAGGGUUUCUGCUCCAGCGGGAACACGCCAGCGCCGGAUCACCUCUGCGCAGGAGGUACCCCGCCAGUUCGGAGUACCCUGACCUGCGCCAACACAAUAACUGCAUGGCCAGUAAUCUGACACCUGCCAUCUAUGCCAAGCUGUGUGAUAAAACCACUCCUAACGGAUACACACUGGACCAAGCCAUCCAGACCGGCGUGGACAACCCCGGGCAUCCCUUCAUCAAGACUGUGGGCAUGGUGGCAGGAGAUGAGGAGUCUUAUGAGGUGUUUGCAGACUUGUUGGACCCUAUUAUCAAAGAAAGGCACAAUGGCUACGACCCUUGUGUCAUGAAACAUCCCACUGACCUAGACUCCAGCAAGAUUCAUUCAGGCCAGUUUGAUGACCGUUACGUGUUGUCGUCCAGGGUGAGGACAGGCCGCAGUAUCCGCGGGCUGAGCCUUCCCCCUGCCUGCACCCGGGCUGAGCGCAGGGAAGUGGAAAGAGUGGUGGUGGAUGCCCUGGCUGGUCUGAAGGGCGACCUGACUGGGAGAUACUAUAGCCUGACCCAGAUGACAGAGAAGGAGCAGCAGCAGCUCAUUGAUGACCACUUCCUGUUUGAUAAGCCUGUGUCCCCCCUCCUGACGUGUGCAGGCAUGGCUCGUGACUGGCCAGAUGCUCGUGGUAUUUGGCACAACAAUGAGAAGACCUUUUUGAUUUGGAUCAAUGAGGAGGAUCAUACCAGAGUCAUCUCCAUGGAGAAGGGGGGCAACAUGAAGAGAGUGUUUGACCGGUUCUGCAGAGGCCUCAAGGAGGUUGAGCGUCUGAUCCAGGAGAGAGGCUGGGAGUUCAUGUGGAAUGAGAGGCUCGGUUACAUCCUCACCUGUCCCUCCAACCUGGGAACAGGACUCAGAGCUGGAGUCCACGUCAAACUGCCCCUACUGAGCAAGGACCCCCGCUUCAGUAAGAUCCUGGAUAACCUGCGUCUGCAGAAGCGAGGGACAGGCGGUGUGGACACUGCUGCAGUGGGUGGUGUGUUUGACAUCUCCAACCUAGAUCGCCUGGGACAGUCGGAGGUCCAGCUGGUGCAGACAGUGGUUGAUGGAGUCAACUACCUAAUUGAGUGUGAGAAGAGACUGGAGAGAGGCCAGGACAUCAAGGUGCCCCCACCCAUCAAGCAGUUCAAGUAGUCACUGAUCCCUCAUCCCUGCACACAGACAGACCUAUGGGCACAAACACGUGCACAAGCUCAGUGUCCAUAGAUAUUAUAACUAUGUCAAUGCUUCGGUUGUCACCAUUACCUUUACUAUGCUAUCUAAUCACCCUCCUGUCUUAUAUGUACUCCAUCAGUUAAUCACAACAUGUUAAAUGUGAUCAAACAUCAAGACCCAGACCUUGGCUGCAUUCACCCCAAAGCUCUAAGAUCACGUUCUGAUUUGGCUCUAAAACACAACUAAAUCAGAAUGAGGUUGGAGGAAAUUCAGGCUGAAGAAUUCGAUAAAAAAUAUUUCUGGCUUUGCUCCCAAACCACUCCUCACUCCUUCACACCCUGUCCCCGCCUCCGUCCUGCUGCAUGUCCUGUACCCACCCAGCCUGUCUCUGUCCCUCGCCCCUGUCAUGAUUUUAUCUGGUGCUUGUGAAGUCCAUCCAUCUGUGCUAUACUCUCCAUUGUGGACUGUGUGUACAUAGUUUGUUUUGAAAGUUUUGAAUAGAUUUGAAUGUAGAUGUGCUGAUCGAGUUGUGUGUACGACACACUGGCCAGGUGGGGCUCUGUACUGUAAGCUCCUGAAGCAAAAUCACUUGAGCUGUAUCAGAAUGUCACUCUGAAACAUCUUUUAUUAAAUAACUCAUCUAUUUAACAAAA